AUGUUCCGCACCUUGUAUAUCUUCGUUGUUAUCUACAUUAUGCGCGGAUGUCCGAAAAUUAUGCGUACGUUUUCGGGAGGUUUUUAGCUUGCCAUUAUGUAAUUUUAAUAGUUAUGCCUUCUUUAAAAAUAAUUUAAAAACGAUUUAUGAUAAUAUCGAUGUUGAUUAUCUAAUGGCUGCAAAAUCCGACUCAAGGCAACUGGCGUAAAAGUGAAGAGUUUUCGUAAACAUAUUUUCUUCUGGACCGUGAAAGUAGCCCAUUUUAGUCUUGAACAAGGUAUGGAUUGGAAACGAUUAGAAAAAUUCAAAAAAAGAUUUGGAUUGGUUCUGACCGUCUAUCCAACAAUCGAUCAAUGAGCAGCAUAUCAAGAACCAGGAAAACAUUUAUUUUAUUUAUCUAAGCAUACAAUUACAAAAUCCUUGCAUGCAGGUUAUUUCUCAUUUCUCAGACACACUUGCAAUAUGUGAGAGAAGGAGUUGCAAUCGCUGGAGCAAAAAAAACUUUAUCUACCUUGCUUUUUGAAUGCAUAGGCAAUCAUAUAGGAUUCACUGGCUUAAUCCGUUCACAAGGUGUACGAGGUGUUUAUUGACAAGGAAGCAAGUUUUAUCGCGCAUGUAGCGUAGUACAGAUAGAGCAAGAGGCCGCUCGGUCGAAACUGUCUGAGAAGUAAAGGAGCGCUGAAACCCCCAGUCUGCGCACUCGGACAAUGCCUGACAAACACAACGCUUCCGCGGAAUACGUCUACAAAUCUUCAAGCAAGUGCCAUGAUUAGGUGCACUCUGGCAAAUCGGCACUGCUUAUUUUUAUACUACGUUGUUUGCCGUUAUGCGGUCAUAUAGAAUCUGCCAUCCGUGCCGUUAAAACGCUGGUCGUUGAAAUGAAAUAGGUGACGGCGACGGUAAGGUACGUGACCAAACGUAACAGUCGGUGGAUCGGGAAUUGUGCCAUAUGGGGCUUUAUGUUGAAAUCAUUUUGCAAACCGUUCCAUCUCUUAUGACGAAAAUUAGUAUACGCGAACUCGAAUCGUUAUAAAAAUUAUGUUCCUUUUGGAAUUUGCCUCCUGGUUAUUUUUCAAUUAUCCCGCCAUCGUCCGUUGUCCUUGGAAAGGAUUGGACAAGACUUCCGGCACAAACUCAAAUAAUUCCUGUGCUUUCUUGUACUUCGUAUUCUACUGUCUGGCAUGCUGUUCCACCUAUAAAACCCCCAUUACCGCCAUCCUCGUAUGACACCAUGUACAACCUACUGGCAGUUAAGUGGGGUCCUUUACUUCACUACUGCCCAAUGGGCCAACUGCAAAUUGUUCAGGACGGAGGAAUGAAGAUAAGCGUACUGUGUGGAUUUCAAAAGAGUCUUAAACUGCCGUUAUUCUUCCAAAAUGAGUCAACAAUAGCUACACCUUAAUAAUAAUAAUAAUAAUCAAGGCAAAACAAAUACAAUGAGGCUCAUUAUUGGUUUGUGCACACGUAAAGUUCCCUGCAAAUUUGAGCUCGCUGUGUUUUUAGACAGUUUGACAAUAUUAGAGACUAAUUGUAUUACAUAAAAACGACUAUUAUUUUAUAUUUGACGAUAAAGCAUACCUUAAUACAUUUAUUAUAAAAAUCUAACACACAUUCAGAAAUAGAGCCCAUAUUUUGUUUUCUCGCCUGCUGGUACAAAAUAAAAAACACAAUUUAACCCAAAAGCAUGUGAGAAUACUUAGUCCCGUAAUUCAUGCAUAUGUAAUGAAGAGAGCUGCAAAGACACAAGUCAUGAUCAUUUUAAUUCCUUCCUCAUAACAGCGCUUGUCGAUCACAACCGAACCUACACGAGUUCCUGGGUUUUGAAUUUUACCUCCAAUCUUGAAAUCUUGACGUCAACCAACGUGCGUGUUAAGCCCCUCGCGGACUACUAUGUUUCUUCUGAUGCCAAACUUUCGCACAGCUCGCCGUCUGGGGAAGCCAUUUAUACUGGCAUUAACACAUCCAACAUCCAUGUUCAUCUUCAACCCCGCGUCUCUGCUAGCUCGUCAUACGGACCAACAAGUAUAUUUCAUUAUCACCUUGUGUACAUUUCCUUGCUAAUAAUGUUGAGUAUGCUUAAGUGAUCGGGCUUAUAGUAUUACAGCUAGUUAGCUUGGAUUAAACCCAAAUCGACCAACCGUUGCAAAAAAAUAGCCAUCCAGGCAUAGCAGGAUUAGGCAUAUACUUAUCUAUAAAGAAGAUGACCGCAUGAUCAUUUCAGGUCUCCUAUAGGAGUCCAUCCUCAGAGACUGAGAGAAUGCUACGUCAAAUGAACAGGUAGUCUAGUCAGAGGGAAGAAAUGGAGGAGGAAGUGUUGGACGGGUUGAUGUUCGCGAUUAUACUGAGUUUUGUUGAUCGCGCGUUCAUUGUAUUGUUUGAAUAAUAACGUGCAAUUCACAUAUCCGCUUCUAUAUGUGUCCGAAUACAGACACUGAGUAAUUGCCCUUAUUCAGGAGUUAAAAAUUGCUACAUUAGAAAUACAGCGUCUUCAUUUAAAAUACUUUGGUAGGAUUUGCAGCGUCCCCUAUCGGUCUGACAAAUUUAUGCACAGUUGUUUUCGUGAUUGGAUUCUCCACAGAGUAUUGCCACAAAUAGGUAUCAUAUCAAUUGGCAAUCAACCUUAAAUAUGCAUUCUAAACCUCACUUUAUCCGCAGCCCCUUUAAGCCCGAAUAAUGCUGAAUCAACUGCUGAGAUUUGCAGAAGUCAACAUUAGUCUUCAUAAGCAAUCACACAGCAUAGUCUAAUUCGUGAAUAUAUUACAAAACUUUGUAGCAAUUAUCCUGCCAAGCCCAUCUUUUCAAACAUAUUCCAUCUACCUAUAAAGACAUUAUAAGGCACGCGCUAGAUGAUUUUAACAAAGCGUUUACGCUUGGAGUCUUUAUGAACGUCGGAACGAUUACAAAUGGCAAUUAGAUGAGUAGCCAUGUGAUUUACCUCAUAUGCAAUUCUCUAAGGAUGAGUACAAGCUUAACUGGACGCAACAACUUGGCUUUGUUUGGCAUCCGCCCAACAUUAACAACAUAACAAACACCUCUACCUGAAUCGUCCCUUUGAAAUGCUAUUUUUUUCAAAAAAAUGCACGUGUUGCAUAAACGUAAGUUGAUGGACGGAAGACGAUCCGUCAGUGUAAAAUAACGGAUUGGCCAACUUCUGGUGUCACUGACUGCCCAGCUCAUAAUAGGGGGCUAAAUUACCUGUUUGAUGACGUUUUGCAAUGUAACUAUAGUUUCAUAUGAUAGUUUUCCUCAGAUUGUCCCAAGCACGCAAUCCUAGAAUAAUACAUUGAGGAUAAAUUGCCUAUGUUAUCCAAGUAGGCUAAAUUCUGCUCGGUUUCCAUUCUUACAUCAGAAUAUUCAUUUAUGCCUUGUAAUAUGCAUUGCAAAAUACAUGCAUGUUCUCUCUUCCCCUAGUUACGCUCGAUGUAAUAUUGAGACGCUGGCCAGUCUUUCUGAUAGCGGGUUUGAUUUUUUUGGCGGCCUGGGUAAGUUCUUAAAUAGCAGAGUUAAAUUUAAUACACGCAUGCAUACUGAAAUAGUCAUAAACAGGUCACAUAUAUCGAAGUCUGAUGCGCGUUUCGAUAGAUAUAUUCGAUCGCGUUUUUCACUCAAGUACUGUUUCUCACCCUCCUCAUUUUCAAUACUAUGUUAGUGUGGAAAUUUAUGUGGUUUGCGAUUAAAAGUUGUUGCCUACCUGUCAGAGGUCAGGGUCAAAUCAUUGAUGGGGACACAUUACUCCUAAAGUUGAUAAUGUCCGUGUUUUCAUUUGGCCGGUCCUUAUGUUCAUUUCGAUUUUCAGUGCUCUGUUAAAAACACCUUAGUAUAUCACCUGUCUGCCGCAAAUAUAUUUCUUUUUCUUGUGAUAACGUAAGAGAUAUCCAAGGUUUCAUUUUAUUCACAGUGAAUGCGUUUCAAUUAUUUCUCAAUUCGCACCUUGCUUUAUUCUGACACUAACGUCCCAUUGUUGCGCGAAGUACAAAUUUAUUCGUGCCGGAAUUAUCCCAAGCUGUACUGAUGCGACUGUUACCGAUUUGCCCAAUGCUGAAAUACAAAUUAACGCAGAAUUUAAAUCACUUGUUUUCGCUUCUGCGUAAAGACGUGCACUAAACAUCAUUAAAUGCACUUUAGCCGCAAUGGUAUCCUUAGACAUACAGUGAGUGACCGAUCUCUGGAAAUAAUGCCUGAAAUUGUGAAGUGCGUUUUCAUUUACCUAGGCGCGGUUCUAAUACUUAUUGUCCUGCGUCAUAAUCCUAUGAUAUUUCGGACCAAGUAGGAUAUCAGCUUUUUAAUACACUGCUUUUCAAUCUUCUGUUGAAACCAUACUCGGUAAAAAUGACUACUUAAAUUCCAUGCACUUUUCCCAUUGAUUUUCAGUGGUCUUACACUUUUAAAUAUAUCUUAUAUAAACCAAACACACAUGCAAUCUUUCAGCAGUUUAGUAUAAAUAUACGCCCUCUUUAUAGUUUCUGCUCUAGGAAGCAGUAUAAUAGGGUUUUUAAAAUGUUCCCAAUUAUGCGAUUUUUUAUGAACACACAAUGGCCAUUCGCAUAGCAUCGUAAAUGGACGUUAAGCACAGCUCCUCAUGAAAUGUACAACAUGGUCCGCAUCCAUUACAAAAGUAUAUGAACUCUGUAUGAUAUCUUUUUAAAGGCAUAUAAACAUAUAUGUUUUUUAUUAAGCUGAACGAAUACACCUUGUAGACUGAAAUCAAUAAGCUCUAAUACAACAAAUGUUCGGUCUCUAAAUUAUUCGGUAAUUAGAUAACUUCUUUAAAACGUAAUUGUACUCCUUCUUCAAGUACUAAAUAUAAAGAUGCCGUCAUUCUCUAUUAACAUGUUGAAAGGCAUGUUUUUGUUGACGGUUUAUAUAAGAUAUAUUUAAAUUCCCAAGACCAUUUAAAAUCAGUGAAAAAAGUACAUGCUAAUUAAAUAGUCAUUUUUGCAGAGGACGGUUUCAACAGAGGAUUGGAAAGUAAUGUAUACAAAGCUGAUAUCCUGCUUAGUGCGAAAUAUUAAAGGAUUAUGCUGCAAGAUAACCUGUAUUACCAAAACGCUCAGGCCAUCCUUCCUAAUCAAAAACGCAUUUCAGAAUUUCAGCCGACAUGCAGCCGGAAAUAUAAGGCUUUGACCUUCAUAACCGACUCGAAUAGCCGAACUAAAAUAAUUUUGAAAAAAUAGCCAAUGUGUGCUAGUCUAGCAUUCUGUACGUGGCGGUGGAAGAUAUAAUAAGUGUUAAACUGACUGAGAUUUGUCGCAUCGUUGCCUUAUAUAUUGUGGUCAUCGACGGAGAUAGCGCAUUUUUUGGUGCACUGGGUAGAGGAUUUGAGCUAUAUCUGUCUCACGUACCCCUCCUUAAACAGUGUCAAGACGGAAGGAGGUGUGGUUAUCACAGUAAACAUCAAAUAUGACUUGCUUAUAUGCGUAUGCCACGCACGACCAAGUGUUUUCCUAGCCUGAAGGGGUCACACUAAACGACAUCUAUAUCUCUAAAUGAAAUAUGCAUCUUAUGUUUCCUUACAGUCGUUGACGAUAUUUUUGGGGGUCUACACGUCCGUCAAAUACGCAAGGAGUAGAAAGCAAAAGUAAUCAAUGGAACGCCUCGGUAUCGAGAUUUCAUACUCCGUCUUCUACGUGGUCACGCAACAGCCCUCAAUCUCAUAAGUGUCAUGUUAUCCCGUCUAUAUGUUUGCUGUGUUAAAUAAAGGAAAUUUAAACGGCGAACAUGCCUUUUAUUAUGCACGACCAAAUUAAGCGCAAUUUUAAUUUUCCAAUCUGCGGACAGGCGUUUGCAGCAUACCGUAGGUGGGCUUACUUAUGAAAGGUCAACUAAAAUUCCGAAAUGCGUUUUCGUUUCGAAAAAAAAAUACUAAAGUAAAGUCUUAAAGUAAUCAUCGUGCUGCAAAAUUGUACGUCCAGGAAUGGCAACUGAUUGUUGACUUCCUCUUCCAUAGUAAACUGAAUAUCGGGAAAGAUGGAGUUCAACAAUGCCUUGAAAGCCUUCACCUCGCUCCUCUUGAUUACAACGAACGUGUCGUCGACGUAUCUGGCCCAGAACUUCGGGGGGUACGAGCUAAAGACCUGCUGCUCGAGUCUCUGCAAAACUGCUUCGGCAAUUAGUCCAGACAGAGGCGAGCCCAUCGGUGUCCCCUUCUUUUGCUCGUCGACUUGGCCGUUGAAUGUAAAGAAGGUCUUAAGACACAGUUCUAGGAGCUCGAUGAUGUGUGCCCGUUUGAGCUGUUGGUCGGUUUCAUCAUACUUUUCCCGGAGAAAGCCAUCAAUAGUGUCGAUAGCCAGCGCGGGUGGGAUGGAGGUGAAUAAUGAGAUCACGUCGAAUGACACCAUCACCUCAUCUGCCUCCACCUCGAGAUGUUUGAUGCGCGUCAAGAACUCUUCAGCCGACUUCACUGUCCACUACGAAUCCUUGGUAAGGAAACAAAGUUGCUGGUACAGCCACUUUGACAGCCCAAAGGCUGGAGUGCCACGUAAGGGGACGAUGGGGCGUAGCGGCACCCCCUGCUUGUGGACCUUUGGUAGGCCGUAGAAGCGCGCCAUCGCGGUAUCACUGGCUUUGGCGGCCAACGCUUCCCUUCUCGUAAGAGCUCCCGCCUUCCUCAGCUUGUCGAUCGUAUUGUUUAUGCUGUUUACGAGCUUCUUGAACUCGCUGACGGUCGAUGGCGCAUAAGCUUCCUUGUCCAUCAAGAGGUUGCCUAGUUUUGUGCAGUACUCAGCCUAAUCCAUGACGAUAGUCGAGCGCCCCAGCCGGAAAUAUAAGGCUUUGACCUUCAUAACCGACUCGAAUAGCCGAAGUAAAAUAAUUUUGAAAAAAUAGCCAAUGUGUGCUAGUCUAGCAUUCUGUACGUGGCGGUCGAAGAUAUAAUAAGUGUUAAACUGACUGAGAUUUGUCGUAUCGUUGCCUUAUAUAUUGUGGUCAUCGACGGAGAUAGCGCAUUUAUGGGUGCACUGGGUAGACGAUUUGAGCUAUAUCUGUCUCACGUACCCCUCCUUAAACAGUGUCAAGACGGAAGGAGGUGUGGUUAUCACAGUAAACAUCAAAUAUGACUUGCUUAUAUGCAUAUGCCACGCACGACCUCGUGUUUUCCUAGCCUGAAGGGGUCACACUAUACGACAUCUAUAUCUCUAAAUGAAAUAUGCAUCUAAUGUUUCCUUACAGUCGUUGACGAUGUUUUUGGGGGUCUACACGUCCGUCAAAUACGCAAGGAGUAGAAAGCAAAAGUAA